AUGCCGGACCAAAGUCUCUACUUUUACAAGGCCUCGUUGCCUGCAGCAGCCGUCUUCGCAGUGCUCAAUGCUAUCCCUGCAGCUUUCCUCUUCUUCACCACGAUAAUUGGCCCCAAAACAGGCAAAUACCGCAAUGCCUCGUUCUUCAUCCCCUUGUGCAUCGGCGGUCUUAUGGAGGUAUUGGCAUAUAUCGUGCGCUGCAUCAGCAUCAAGAUGGACAGAGUUAUCGCCCUUUACGCAGUGUCAAGUUCCCUCAUUGUUGUUGCACCGGUUCUAGUUUGCGCAAGUCUCUAUCUCCUCGUCGGCAGGCUGGUCAGAGCCGGCCUCCCAUCUUCCGGAAAUCAGCAACGCAUUCUAGGCAUUAAUCCUUGGUGGCUACCGCGCAUAUUCGUCACAUCAGAUAUCCUAAGCUUCUUGACGCAGGCCUCUGGGAGUGGAAUCGCGGCGUCAGGAAACUGGGAGGGAAGCACAAAAACAACCGGUGAAAAUGUCCUGAAGGGCGGUUUAGCUUUACAGCUGAUCACUUUCACUCUGUUCCUGGCUUUGGUUGCUCGAUUCCAUAGUCGUGCCAAUGCCGUGGCUAAGGGUGGUAUCGACAGCGGUGUUUUUAAGGUGCUGCUGGGACUGUAUAUAUCGGGUUUUUUUAUAGAGGUUCGAUGCGUCUACCGUCUCAUAGAGUUCAUCUUGGGUAUCGAUGGUUAUCCUUUCCGCCACGAAUGGCCACUAUAUGUUCUUGAAGGGUUGCCCAUGCUAUUUGCAAUGUUCGCACUCGCAUACUUCCAUCCUGGAAAGUUGUUGCCAAACGAAUCGUUGAAUUCCGAGACAGACACUGAGGAGAUGCAAAACAGAAAUGGGUAUUAA